CAUUUUCUCUCUCUCUCUCUCUCUCUGUCAAUGCUGUGCCAACUCCUCCAGCUUUACAAAUACGAUAAGACCAAAGCUGCAAGAACUCUUUCAGCACAAUGAUAAUGGUUAACCAGAUAGUUCAUUUAGGGGUGGGAAAAGAAAACAGUGAGAAGUUAUUCUGUCUUUUUCUCGGAGCUUGCACGCCUGCAAAGAGUGGAAUUCAUUCAUAGCGGGACUCAGAAUGGAGGAGAAACAAGAGUCGGCAUAUAAACAUUCGAAUGAGGACCAAGGUGGGAUCCAUCACCGAUUGCGGGACAGGAAUCUUCUCAGGAAGAGAAAAGCGGAAGCAGAAGAGAAGGAGACUAACCAGGUUGAGAGCCAGAGGAAAAAACACAGGGCUGAGAGUAGCACAAAGAGGAGAGGGCGGCCCAAGAAGAGUGAGCCCACGCCGGAGAUCUCUGUCAUUCAGGAGGAGGCAGCUGUGUCUCAGGAAGUUCCUGUGGUGGCGGUCCCUGAACCAACGGAGGUCGACCCAGAUCAAACACCAGGUUCUUUAUCCCCUUUACUUGCUGUGGAGUCACAACCUUCACCUGUCCAUGCUGCCCCUGAACCUCGGCCACUGUUUGGAUCCAUCCAAAGCUCCAUCUUUGCUCCUACUCUGACUUCUCCAGCACCAGUUAAGCCGACUCCAGCCCUUUUUUCACCCGUAGCUCCUGAUCCAUUUCCCGUCAAAGUUCUAGAUACGGCUCCAGUCCCUGUUCUAGAUUCAGCUCCAGCUCCAGAUGCUGUUCCGGUCACAGUUCCAGACCUGACUCAAGCCCCUGUUCCAACUGCAGCUCUUGCUCUUGCUGCAGCUCCUCUGCAGGUGGAGACCAUCUUCACAGAGGCACAAUGCAGGGAGGCCCAUGACCAGGUCCUGAUUAAGGACCUAGGCUCUGAGGAGGAGGGGGACAUCUCUUCAUCUCAAGACAAAAGAGCCGAUGACGGUAUUAAAGAGGAGAAUUAGACUGUUUGAGAAUGAAUGGUGUGGAAAAUGUUUGUUAAUAUUUGUCUUAAUAUUAAUUGUAUGCUGGUUUUUUUAUAGCUUUGAUUGGGACAUCGUCGUACAACAUACCUGACCCAAACAAAAUGUUCUCAAUUCCAACCGUGUCCCUGACGCCUCCUCCACAGAAAUAUUUCCCAGGAAAUGUAUUCUGAUUUUCUAAAACACUUUUCAGAUACUGCCUCGGCUCAGGCUUCCUUCUUUUCUGAUCACAGUUUGCAUUCAAGUAUUAUCUUGGUUAGUGUUGGUUGAAGAGACCACACAUACUGAGCAUUUGCAUUCCUUAUUUGACAAAUGUAUCAAUUCAAAACAAACCUGUAUGCUUAUUUAUUCUGGUUUGUUCUUCAUUGAAAAACUCACAAAUUCUAUUUUGUCAUUUGCAGUGAGAAAACUGCUAAUUUAGCUUGCUUUCAAUUAAGAGUAAAUUGUAGAAAUCACUGGGUAUGAUGUGUUUGUAAUUUGGUAUUUAUUUGAUAGAAUUGUGUAUAAAGUUGUUUUUCACCUCAUAAAAAACUCUGCUUACAAUCAUCUGAAAGUGGUUAUAAUGGUCUUUAUUAUUAUGUUAGAAAUAUAUGCUCAAUGAUACAUUGAUAGAAUAGAUUAUAUUGAUCCGUCCGAUGUGAUGUGCUGGGACAGGGGAUGUCGUAUGUGUACAGAUUGUAAAGCCCUUUGAGGCAAAUUUGUAAUUUGUAAUGUUGGGCUAUAUUAAAAAAACUGAACACAA